CGAGCGUUUUGAAGAUCCGGAUGAAAACGUAGUCGUCACUUCCUGAAAGAACUUUUGAAAAAAACAAAAUUCAACAUGGCAAGUGCCGGUAACUGGUCAGUUGUUGGUAAAACAAAGAAAACCAAGGGUCAGAAUCAAAAUCUGACCAAGGCUCAGAGGAAGCAAUUCGUCGAUAACAUGCCAAGGAUUGCUCCACUUGAUCCUGUUAAAGAAGAUUCUACUAUCUACGAUGCAUUUGUCAUCAGAGAGCAACAGCGUUAUGAAAGGAAACAGCAGGAAAAGUUUGCAGAUAAAAUAGAAGCUGGCAAAGAGCCAAAUGGCAAGGGCAUUUCUGAUGGUGCUAUGAAAAAGAAGAAUGUGCAGAAAAAGAAGACAGAACAAACACCAAAGAAAAAGCCAUUUGAAGAUGGAAUUAAAGAGCAGUCUAAGGUCCACUUCCAUGAAAACCAACUGUGGCUAAAGGGUCUGGUCACCAUAUCCAACAUAAAUUGGGCACUAGUCACGGAACGUAACACUGAAAAAUACCUUAAGAAGGAGAGUACUGAUUAUCCGGCCUCCUUAAUGAAGAAGGGAUGUACGAAGGUGUUGACCUCUGUGCUUGCUGACUGUAACGCAGCCACACUGGAACAUGUACUGUAUUUCUGCAUCAUGACUAUGUUGGAUGAAAGUCAGAAUGGCAAUUCUACAUAUGGUUACAAGAUCUUUCUUCAGCUUCUUGUCAGGGGCAGUCCAGAUAUUGUCCUGUCAAAACUGCAGCAGUAUAAAGAGAUAGUGAGAAGUGUGCAGAACCGACCGGAGAGAUGUAUGUCUGUCAUGUGGGCAUUAGGACAGGUGGGAUAUCCAAGUCUUAGAGCUGGUAUAAGAGUUUGGUUAGAGAUAAUGCAGCCCUGUCUUGGUUCAAAAGCUAUUGGGAACUUCUGUCUACAGUAUCUGGAGACAAUACUCAGCUUACACAGUAAAAAUUUGGACCAGGCUGGAGGGGAGAUCAAACUACGUGAAUUUUUUGGGCUUUUUGAUGUGUUACAUGGUCAAGGCUUGCCAGGUGACGUACGCAAGAGGCUGAUGGCUUUAUACCCCCAACUCAAGAGAAUAGCUCAUGGUAAAAAUGUGGAUUCCUCACUGAGAAACUUCUUCCCAUCCUACUUAACAAGAGCCAACCCUGACACCAGCAAAGAGUUGAAACCAGAGGUGUUGUCAUGCCUAAUGGAUUGCCUGAGUAAAGAUAAACACACUUAUGCCCUGUGGUGUCAGCUGUACACUAAACAUCUCAGACAGUCUAGAGUGCUGCUUCUGCAUAUCAGUAACAACUGGGAAAGGGCCAGGGGCUUGUUGGAUCUGAAGUUACUUCAGCAAACACUGAUGACGUUUAUGAGAACCAAUGAAGAGGGUUCCCAGGGGAAGAAUGCAGGGGAAUGGGAGAGUAUGACCACUGUUUGUGAGGAUUUAUUGAAGAAAAUGAGCAAGCCAAGGUUUCCGUGGAGACUGUUGAUGUUCUUCCUGAUUUCCACGGUGAUAGCAGUUGUAGCAUAUGAUGUAUACACAAGUAAAACUCUGAAAGAUUCCAAAAUUGUGAGAUUUCUUGAAGCAUAUGGGGUUUUAGGAGUUUUACAGAAGAUCUGGACAACACUUGUGUAUUAUGCUGACAUCAUAUUUGGUUGGUUACAGGUAAAUGUACCAGUUUAUUACGAGAAAGUGUACAACACAGUUGCCCCAGUUGUUGUUAAGGUAGCAGAGGCUCUCGUUCAGUUCUGGGACAACACAAAACAACACAGGACAUAUGUUGCAGAAAAGGUGUACUCAUUUGCCCCAAGUGUUUGGGAUGAAGUUGGGAAGUAUCUGGCCCUCUGCUGGGACUUUAUCCUAGAAUAUACAUACUGGAUACAGGGACACAUAGCAAUCUGCUAUAAACAUACCUACCAUUGGGUAGAAAAAAAUAUUAUACAGGGUGAUUUUUCAACACAUUAUGUACAACAGACAUUGACUUGGUCUGCUAAUAAAGUUCAGAAUUUUACUUUAUCUGCAGUAGAGUGGUGCCGUCAGUUAUGGACUUAAAAUUUAACAUAGCAGUCUUUCCAUUUCAUGUAUUUAUUCCAAGCUUUAUCAGACUGUCAUUCAAUUCAGUUUAACCAGAUGGAAAUUGUUCUUUGUCAGAUUUUUGUCUCUUUCUGUGAGUUGUUUCAGGUAAAUAUUCAAUGUGGUGUAAAUAAAAGUUUCAGCAAUAGAGAUUAUUUUACAUAAAAAUUUAUUUGUGGUGCCAAAAAAAAGUAAUAAGUUAUUUUCUUUUUUCAUUUGAUAGUGAUUUUAGAUAUUUUUUGUAUAAUUGAGCCAUUAUGUUACAUUUACUGGUCAGUUUUCAGUCAGUUGACUUAGUUUGUUUUUUUGCUUUUUUCAGUCUUGAUUUUUUUUUUUGCAUACAGAAGCUUAAACAAAGUGUUCAAAAUUGCCAGUUAUAGCCAUUUUUAGCUCAUCUGAUUUUUUGAAAACAAAUGAUGAGUUAUUGUCAUCACUUGAGCGGUUGUCGGCGUCGGCGUCUGCGUCGGCGUUGCCUGGUUAAGUUUUAUGUUUAGGUCAGCUUUUCUCCUAAACUAUCAAAGCUAUUGCUUUGAAACUUGGAAUACUUGUUCACCAUCAUAAGCUGACCCUGUAUAGCAAGAAACAUAACUCUAUCUUGCUUUUUGCAAGAUUUAUGGCCCCUUUUGUACUUAGAAAAUAUCAGAUUUCUUGGUUAAGUUUUAUGUUUAGGUCAACUUUUCUCCUAAACUAUCAAAGCUAUUGCUUUGAAACUUGGAAUACUUGUUCACCAUCAUAAGCAGACCCUGUACAUCAAGAAACAUAACCCCAUCUUGCUUUUUGCAAGAAUUAUUGCCCCUUUUGGACUUAGAAAAUCAGUUUUCUUGGUUAAGUUUUAUGUUUAGGUCAGCUUUUAUCCUAAACCAUCAAAGCUAUUGCUUUAAAACUUGCAACACUUGUUCACCAUCAUAAGCUGACCCUGUACAGCAAGAAACAUAACUCCAUCCUGCUUUUUGCAAGAUUUAUGGCCCCUUUUGGACUUAGAAAAUAUCAGAUUUCUUGGUUAAGUUUUAUGUUUAGGUCAACUUUUUCUCUUAAACUAUCAAAGCUAUUGCUUUGAAACUUGCAACACUUGUUCACCAUCAUAAGCUGACCCUGUACAGCAAGCAACAUAACUCCAUCCUGCUUUUUGCAAUAAUUAUUGCCCCUUUUGGACUUAGAAAAUCAUUUUCUUGGUCGAGUAUUAUGUUUAAGGUAACUUUUCUCAUAAACUAUCAAAGCUAUUGCUUUAAAACUUGCAACAGUUUUUCACAAUCAUAAGUGGACACUGUACAUCAAGAAACAUAACUCUAUCCUGCUUUUUGCAAGAAUGAUGGCCCUUUUUAGACUUAGAAAAUCAUGGGUAGGACAAUAUUUCUAUUAUACAAAAAAAAUCAGAUGAGCGUCAGCACCCACAAGGCGGUGCUCUUGUUAUUUGUAGUUUAGAAGUAGUGUAGUUGAAGUUUGGUUGGCAGGGAUUCAGUAAUUUGGUGGUGUGGGAGUAUUCAGGAUUUGUUUUGUACCGUAAAUUGGUGCAUAUCUUAUUUUUUUGGCUAAUGUAUACUUUUGAUGAUUUCUGUUCACCAGAAAUUCGUGAUAAAACCCUUGCUAGAUAUAAUGGCUUACAGACUAAAAUAAGCAGACACUGGCAAAGUGUUAGGAAUACAUGAUAUAUGUUCAUGAGUGGAAAUUUUGACUUGACGUAUAAUGUAAAUUAUAUCACCUUCAUAGCUCAGUCAAGAUAAAGACUUGAAUUGUUAUUUAAAGAAAAAUAUGUACCAUUGUAUGGUUAGUACAAUUCUACACUGUCUUAAUUUGAAAGUUUGAUAAGUUUCUGUAGUGCAUCAUACAGCACCAUUUCUUCAAAUAACUCGCCAUCAGUAUGGAAUGUUUUAACCCAUAUCAUGCUGGACAGGAUCAAUUCUGCCUUUGCGACCAGUGUAGAUCAUGAUCAGCCUGCACAUCCAUGCAGUCUGAUCAAGAUCUGCACUGUUGGCCAUUCAGUUAGUAUCUUUUUGGUAAGCACCCCUGUUAACAGUUAAUGGUACUGUACACAUUGAAAGAUUGACAAGUUCAUUAUAGAAAUUUAGCAGGAUAAGGGAUAAGUACCUUACUUUUAUACUAGCAUCUCAGAAGAUACUGGAAUAUCUACUUGUAUCAGGUUGCUUAUCGAUCAUUUUACCUCAUUUCUGUGGAGAAGAAUUGAAGAUAAAAUAACAAUUUGGGUAAUAAUUCUCCAUAAAUCUGGUUUUCUUGUUCAGUUAAUCAAAAUAUAUUUAUUGAAACUUAAUUUGAAGUUGAAGAUCAGCUUUGUGUAAAAUAUUUUUCAUUAUUGUUUAUGUUAGUUUGCUUAUUGAUUAGUCAGAAUUGUUCAGAUCUGCAGUUUGUAACUUUUAUAAAUCUCAAACUUUCAUGUUGUAGUUUUGGCAUCAUGUUGUAUAUUAUGUUAACAGCAGUAAGCUUAACCAUUUCUCUAAACACUAUUAUCCUGGAUGUAUUGUUUAAAACAAAGAGUACAGAAGGCUAGACUAAAUGUGACAAUAAAAAACAUCUAUUAACGUAUAAAGGAAGUUGUAAAAACAAUCUGACAAGUCAGAAAAAGUGUUCUGAUUUAAAGAAAAAAACUUACAGAUUUUGAAUGAAAAACUUAUUUGGAAUAUUGAUGAAGUUGCCAAAGCUUGUAGUACCUCUGUUUAUGUUACAGUUACAAAGUAACAAUACUAAUAUAUACUGUUUAUACACAUGCUUGAGAAGCAUUAUUUCUGAAAUGAUAAAGCAUUAGUAUUUUAAUUGGAAUUACAUAAACUUUUUGUAAUUAUGCCCCGCUUCGAAGGAAGGGUAUAUUGUUUUGCAGAUGUCGGUCAGUUGGUCUGUAUGUAGACCAAUCUGUUUCCGGAUGAUAACUCAAGAACACUUGGGCCUAGGAUCAUGAAAGUUAAUAGGGAGGUUGGUCAUGAGCAGCAGAUGACCCCUAUUGAUUUUGAGAUCAGUAGGUCAAAGGUCAAGGUCACAGUGGCCUAGAACAGUUGAAUGGUUUCCAGAUGACGACUCAAGAAUGCUUGGGCCUAGGAUCAUGAAAGUUGAUAGGUAGGUUUAUCAUGACCAGCAGAUGACCCCUAUUGAUUUUGAGGUCAGUAAGUCAAAAGGUCAAGGUCACACUGUCCCGGAAAUGUUACAUGGUUUCCGGAUGAGAACUCAAUAAUGCUUGGGCCUAGGAUCUUGAAAUUUGAUAGGGAGGUUGGUCAUGACCAGCAGAUGACCCCUUUUUAAUCCCUCGCCACAAGUGGUGGGGGGUGUAGGAAUGGUCUCCGUCCGUCCGUCCGUAACACUUUCGUGUCUGCUCCAUAUCUCCUAAACCCCUUGAAGGAUUUUCAUGAAACUUGGGUCAAAUGAUCAGCUCAUCAAGACGAUGUGCAGAACUCAUGAGUCAGCCAUGUCGGCUCAAGGUCAAGGUCACAACUCUGGGUCAAAGGUUUCAGCCUUCCAUUUCGUGUCCACUCUGUAUCUCCUAAACUUGAAGGAAUUUUAUAAAACUUUGGUCAAAUGAUCACCUCAUCAAAACUAUGUGCGGAACUCAUGAAUCAGCCAUGAUGGCUCAAGGUCAAGGUCACAACUUAGGGUCAAAGGUUUGAGCCUUCCAUUUUGUGUCCACUCUGUAUCUCCUGAAUCCCUUGAAGGAUUUUCAUGAAACUUGGGUCAAAUGAUCACCUCAUCAAGACGAUGUGCAGAAUUCAUGAGUCAGCCAUGUUGGCUCAAGGUCAAGGUCACAACCCGGGG